CGAUGGGAUUGCAACUUGAAAAAUCAUUUCUUGCGGAGAUAUGUUCCCCUCCAGACAUCGUCAAUGUCGUUUUGAAUACGGACGAUGGAUCCGCUCACUGCAGUAGGCCUAGCAAGCAAUAUCAUCUCCUUCGUCGAUUUUACAACCCAGGUGAUUUCACGAUGCGAGGAACUCUAUCGGUCCGCUUCAGGGGCUACCACAGAAAACCUAGAGCUAGAAGAACUCGCCACAAAUAUUCGUCGAUUGGCUGAGGAAACUCGAUGCACGAAGAAAGAUAAGAUACUCGAGAGCCUGAGUUCACAGUGCAUCAGUGUAUCUGAUGAGCUUAUCGCGCUCCUCAACUCGGUGAAGGUCAAGAGCGACCGGCGUGGAUGGGCUAGCAUCCACCAAGCCCUCAAAUCGGUAUGGAAGCAGAGCGACAUCGAUGAUCUCCAGCAGAGAUUGAACCGAAUUCAAGCACAGCUUUACGAUCAUUUGAUCACCCACCAACAGCGAGAGAUCGACUACAAGAUAGAACGUCUUGUCGAGGAGAAUGAGCGCCUCGAUGUGAAUCGGACCAAGGAGCUGGAAACGCUGAGAAAUCAGAUCACAUCCGCCCUACACGAGAUCAUCAGUGAUGUCCGGCAGGAGGGCCAGAAGACGCGAGCCUGGUCGGCGUUGUACGCUGGCUCACAGAAAGGGAAAGUGUACUCAACUGAGCAGCUCCUGUUGAACAGCCUUGUCUUCCGGCUGAUCGACUAUCGGUAUCAAGCCAUUCCAAAAGAACAUGCAAGAACAUUUGCCUGGAUCUUCGAGCAAGACACGGAACUGGAUAGAACACUCCCACCUGUGAACUUCGUGGAUUGGCUUCGACAUGAUAACGGGCUAUAUUGGAUCUCGGGAAAGCCGGGCUCUGGAAAAUCGACCCUCAUGAAAUUCCUGGCAGGACAUGAGCAAACUCAAGAACACCUGAACACAUGGUCUGGAGGCAACAAACUUGUCCUAGCAAGUUUCUACUUCUGGAGCGCUGCCAAGAACUCCCUGCAAAAGUCACAGACCGGCCUACUCCGGUCAAUUCUCUACCAGAUUCUACGUCAAUGUCCAGAAUUGAUACGAUCCGCUUUUCCCGACCAAUGGAGCCGGUCGAUUUCCAGCGUUACGGGCUUGGCCGAGACACCCUUCAGCAACGCAGAGCUACUCGAAGCAUUUGACAAAGUCACCACAGCACUGGCAACUUACAAAAUCCGAUUCUGCUUCUUCAUAGACGGACUAGACGAGUAUGAGGGCCGGCCGGCGGAUAUUAUUCAACUAGUCGAAUAUCUUCAGUCUUCACCCAAUAUCAAAGCCUGUGUUUCUAGUCGUCCUUGGAACGAAUUCGAAUACAGUUUUGGUAAAGACAACCCGUGGAAAUUGUACAUUCAUCACCUAACCCAGGAGGAUAUCCGAAUCUACGUUGAAGAUAGACUUGGGAAACACGAACGCUUUCGAGAGCUUCAAGUAUCUGACGAUAACUGUCCCAAUUUUGUAAAAUCAAUUGUCGACGCAGCACAGGGUGUCUUCCUCUGGGUAAUUCUGGUGGUGAACUCGCUUCUAGAUGGCCUCACAAACGCUGACACAAUCUCCCAUCUACAAGAACGACUACUCGAAUUUCCCCAGAGUCUGGAUGAGUACUUCCAGAAAACCCUUAUGACCGUCGAGGAACGGUACCGCCCGCAAAUGGCUCGAGCCCUUAUUAUUACCCUGAAAACCUAUGAUAUUCUUCCUCUGAUGUGCUACUGGUUUCUAGACCGCGGAGAGCCUGACUAUGCGCUUAAUAUGAAAGUCAAACAGCUGGACAAGGAGACGUUAAGCACACAGAUGAAGAUCACGCGGACUCGACUGAACGCGUACUGCAAAGGGCUCCUCGAAAUACAAUAUCCCACAGACACCAAAACUAUCAGAUUGCAAUCGCCUAGGUCUAUCUUCCACUUUCACGUAGAUUUCCUUCACAGAACCGUGCGAGACUUCCUCUGGACGUCGGGGAUGCAAGAUUUGCUCCGUACUUGGCUGCCACAGGAUUUUAACCUCGACCUCGACAUCUGCAAAUUCAUUCUAGCCUUGAUCAAGAUCUCAGCGCCCGAUUCAUUACAUCCCAGUUACUCAUACAUUCUUGGGCAGUUCGUCAAAAUCUUCUUCCAUCAUAUUGCAAGGUUAGACGGCGAUACAGCCUGCGAAUGCUCACAAUUCGCUCUCCUAGACGAAUUGGCAAAGUUUUUCCAGCUCUAUAUUGAGGAUCAAGAUCUCUCUUCCCAUAAAGUGGGCGGAAAUCUAAACGAUGGCGUUGGUAUCGUCCUAGGUUUAGGGGUUCCUGUAUAUCAUCAGCAGUGGAACGGGGAAAUAGCAAUACUAGGGCGAUCGGUCCUAGCAGGUCUUGCUCGCUACACUGAGCAUACACUAAAGAAGCACCCGAAUCUGCUGCUGGAGAAUAGUGACAAACUCCUGUGGAAAGUACUAUAUCGUGCAGACGACUAUGAGUCCGACAGCGUUGAAGCCCCGGAUACCGCGAUGCUCGAGCUACUUCUACGAAAUGGCGCUGACCCUAAUACCCCAGCAGUUAGCUCCCCCUGGGAAGCCUAUUUAUGGUGUUUGAACCGGUGGAAAGAAAAAAGUAUGAUUUCUAAGAAGGACAUGAACAAUCACUACCCAGCUGUUCUGAUGCUUCUAAAAUAUGGGGCCGAUCCCGAUGUCUCAUUUGCGGGUGGUAAGACGGCGAACAUGGUGCUGCAAGAACUGUUCUCUCCGGCUCAAUACGCCUGCCUACAAAAAGUGAUUGAGGGUAGACCGCUAAAAAAGAGAAAAGGGAAAUUCCAUAAAGGGAAUCAGAAAAGUACUAGGAAGCAACAAGCGAAUCUCAAGGAUACGGGCAAACUCCACGUGGUUCGAUCUAUUUUCCGGGAAUUGGGUCCUUUCCGUUCACGACAAAAGUCUUCAGUUGACGGAUGACCUACUUGUUUGAGAUUCACAGAAAGCUAUUGAGAGUAUGGAGACGAGGAACAUUACUAGAUUGUUAUGAUUGGGUCAACUUUCGCUAGUUAUGCAGGAAUGUACAUCAAAGAUAUAAGCAUCUCUCUAUGCCACGUGGUCUUGUCCCAUAGGAAGGCACAAGUUCACUAAGCUCUCGUC